AUGCUGCUCUUUGGGAUGGCAUGGGCACUGGCUAACGGGCGGUGGUGUGAACAUACACGAACCUUCCUGGUGGAGGAGGAAGUGGCCCCCCGCCAGGAGGACCUGGUGCCCUGCACCAGCCUCAACUAUUACCAGCGCCCGGGCUGGCAGCUGGACCUGUCCUGGAGUGGACGUGCCGGGCUCUGUCCCAUCUACAAGGCCCCAGAAACCCGGCUUGCUGCAAGGAACCGGACAGUGAAGGCUUGCUGCCCAGGCUGGGGGGGCAGCCACUGCACCCUGGCCCUUGCAGAAGCCAGCCCUGGGGGCCAUUGCUUUGCCACUCGGCAGUGCCAGCAGCAGGCCGGCUCAGCUAACGCUUCUGCAGGAAGCCUGGAGGAGUGCUGUGCUUGGCCUUGGGGACAGAGCUGGCGGGAGGGCAGCUCCCAGGCUUGCCUCAGCUGCUCCAGCCGACCCCUCCCAGGCAGCACUCCCUCUCCAGCCCUCCUGCAGCCCCUGGCGGGGGCCGUGGCCCAGUUCUGGAGCCAGCGCCAACGGCCCUCGGCCACCUGCGCCACCUGGUCAGGCUUCCACUACCGGACCUUUGAUGGGCGCCACUACCACUUCCUGGGCCACUGCUCUUACCUGCUGGCGGGCACUGCUGAUGCCACCUAGGCCAUCCACCUCACGCCCAGGGGGCACUGCCCCCAGCCUGGGCACUGUCAGCUGGCCCGAGUAAUGAUGGGACCCGAGGAGGUUCUGAUCCAGGGCAAAAAUAUCUCUGUGAACAGGAAGCUGGUACCUGAUGGGGAGUCUCAGCUGCUCCAUGGGCUGAGCCUGCAGUGGCAAGGGGACUGGCUGGUGCUGUCAGGGGGCCUGGGGGUCACUGUGCGCCUGGACAGGUCCAGUUCGGUCUCCGUUUCUGUGGACUCUGAGCUCCAGGGACAAACUCAAGGUCUCUGUGGAGUCUACAAUGGCCAGCCUGAGGAUGACUUCCUGGAGCCUGGAGGGAGACUGGCUGUGUUAGCUGCCACCUUUGGGAAUUCCUGGAGGCUCCCUGACUCAGAGCCUGGGUGUCUGGAUUCAGUGGAGGCAGCCCAGGGCUGUGAGGACCCCCUGAGCGGCACAGAGGCAGGCACCGAGGCUGAAGCCCAGGAGGUGUGCCACCAGCUGCUGGACAGUCCAUUCAGGGAACGCCAUGCCCAGGUUCCCCCUGCUGAGUACCACCAGGCCUGCCUCUUUGCCUACUGUUCUGGGGCCCCAGCAGGCAGUGGGUGAGAGGCCCGUCGGGAAGCCGUGUGCACCACCUUGGCCAACUACGCCCAGGAGCGUGCCAAGCCCCAUAUCCAUGUGGGCUGGAGGAAGCCAGGCUUCUGCGAGCGCCUGCGCCCUGGGGGCCAGCUGUACUCGCACUGCACCUCGGCUUGCCCAGCCAGCUGCUCAGCAGUGGGUGAAGGAGGGGAGGGGUCCUGCCGGGAAGCGUGCGUGUGCCCGCCCGGCCUCUUCUGGGACGGCGCCCUCUGCGUGCCGGCCGCGCGCUGCCCCUGCUACCACCGGCGCCGGCGCCCCCCCCCCCCCCCGCCCCGAGACACCGUGCGCCAGCAGUGCAACCCCUGCGCGCUCCCCGCCCCGUGUGCCCACGGCGUGGGCCAGGACGGCCGCGGGCUCUGCGCGCAGGCGCCGUGCCCAGCCGAGUGCGCGGUGGGCGGGGACGGGCAUUACCUCACCUUCGAUGGGCGGAGCUUCUCCUUCCGCGGCCGCCCGGGUUGCCGCUCCAGCCUGGUGCAGGACUUGAAGGGGCAGCUGCUGAUUGUGCUGGAGCAUGGGGCCUGUGACACUGGGAACUGCCUCCACGCCAUCUCUGUUUCUCUGGGGGACACCCACAUCCAGCUCAGAGACUCAGGGGCUGUACUCAUCGAUGGGCAGGACAUGGGCUUGCCGCGGCGUGGGCCUAAGGGCCUCAGUGUCUCCCGAGCCUCCUCCACCUUCCUACUGCUGCGCUGGCCUGGGGCCCAGGUUCUCUGGGGAGUGUCUGACCCUGCAACCUACAUCACUCUGGACCCCCGCCAUGCCCACCGGGUGCAGGGUCUGUGUGGCACCUUCACCUGGAACCAGCGGGAUGACUUCCUGACACCUGCUGGCGAUGUGGAGACCAGCAUUUCAGCCUUUGCUAGCAAGUUCCAGGUGGCAGGCGAGGGAAGCUGCCCCGCAGACGACAGCGCCCCACUUUCCCCCUGCGGCACCCACACUCAGCGCCACAUUUUUGCGGAGGCAGCUUGUGCCGUCCUGCACGGCCCCACCUUCCAGGAAUGCCAAGGCCUGGUGGACAGGGAGCCGUUGCACCUGCGCUGCUUGGCAGCUGUGUGCGACUGUGCUCCUGGCAAGGACUGCCUGUGCCCUGUGCUCGCUGCCUUUGCUCGUCGCUGUGCCCGGGAGGGUGCCUGGUCUCUCUGGAGGACCCACACGCUCUGCCCUGUCCCGUGUCCUGGGGGCCAGGAGUACCAGGAGUAUAGCCCAGGGUGUGGUCGAAACUGUGGGGAGCCAGAAGACUGUGGGGAGCUGGGCAGCUGUGUGGCUGGUUGUAACUGCCCCCCAGGACUGCUGUGGGACCCCGAGGGUGAGUGCGUGGCCCCCAGCUUGUGCUCCUACCAGCUUGGAACUCAUCGCUAUGCCCCUGGCAGUGCCACCAUGAAGGACUGCAACCGCUGUGUCUGUCGGGAGAGGGGCCUCUGGAAUUGCUCUGCUCACCACUGUGGCCCCCAGCAGACAUUCUGCCCCCGUGACCUUGUCUAUGUCCCUGGUGCCUGCCUCCUCACGUGUGACAGCCCUGGUGCCAACCACUCCUGCCCCCCGGACAGCACAGGGAGCUGUGUCUGUCCCCCAGGCACCGUGCUGCUGAACGAGCACUGCGUGCCUCCUGAGCUCUGUCCCUGCCGUCACGGAGGGCAGUGGUAUCCGCCCAAUGCUACCAUCCAGGAGGACUGCAACAUUUGUGUAUGUCAGGCUCGGCAGUGGCACUGCACGGGCCACCGGUGCGGCGGAUGGUGCCAGGCAUCGGGUGCCCCCCACUACGUGACCUUCGAUGGGCUGGCUUUCACCUUCCCUGGAGCCUGCGAAUAUCUGCUGGUUCGAGAGGCCAGCGGCCAGUUCAGCGUCUCUGUCCAGAACCUGCCCUGUGGGGCCAGUGGGCUCACCUGCACCAAGGCCCUGACCGUGCAACUACAGAGCACUGUUGUGCACAUGCUCAGAGGCCGGGCGGUGACGGUGAAUGAUGUGAGCAUAACAGCCCGCAAGGUCUACACAGGCCCUGGGCUGAGUCUGCGCCGUGCUGGUCUCUUCCUGCUGCUCACAACCCGCCUGGGCCUCAGCCUGCUCUGGGAUGGAGGCACCCGGGUCCUGGUGCAGUUGUCCCCACAGUUCUGUGGCCGUGUGUCUGGGCUGUGUGGAGAUUUUGAUGGAGAUGCCAGUAAUGACCUGCGGAGCUGCCAGGGCGUCCUGGAACCCACAGCUGAGCUGGCUGCCCACUCCUGGCACCUGAGUCCGCUCUGCCCCGAGCCAGGAGACCUGCCACACCCCUGCACCGUGAACGCCCACCGGGCCAGCUGGGCCCGCGGCCGCUGCGGGGUGAUGCUGCAGUCACUCUUUGCCCGGUGCCGCGCAGAGGUGCCCCCGCAGCAGCACUACGAGUGGUGUGUGUAUGACGCGUGCGGCUGCGAUUCGGGGGGCGACUGUGAGUGUCUCUGCUCGGCCAUUGCCACCUAUGCAGACGAGUGUGCCCACCACGGGCUCUGUGUCUGGCGCAGCCAGGAGCUCUGCCCUCUGCAGUGUGAAGGGGGCCAGGUGUAUGAGGCCUGUGGCCCCAUGUGGCCCCCGACCUGCCAUGACCGUGGUUCUGAGCCCGGGUGGCGUGGUUCUGAGCCCGGGUGGCACUGCCAGGCUGUCGCCUGUGUGGAGGGCUGCUUCUGCCCCGAGGGGACUCUGCUGCAUGGAGGAGUCUGCUUAGAACCAGCUUCCUGCCCCUGUGAGUCAGGGGGCCGCUUCUUCCCGCCGGGGACUGUGCUGCAGGACUGUGGGAACUGCACAGGCCAGGAAAGCCAGUGGCUCUGCGGGAGCGACAGUACCCGCUGUGAGGAGCUGGAGCCUGGCUGUGCGGAGGGAGAGGCCCCGUGCCGGGAGAGUGGGCACCGUGUGCCCCACAGGUGGCUUUGUGACAACCAGGAUGACUGUGGUGAUGGCUCAGACGAGGAGGGCUGUGCCACGCCAGGCUGUGGGGAGGGGCACAUGUCUUGCAGCUCCGGCCACUGCCUGCCCCCCGCCCUGCUCUGUGACGGGCAUCCCGACUGUCCGGACGCCGCUGACGAGGAGGCCUGUCUGGGGCAGCUGAACUGCUCUGCUGGGGAGCUGUCCUGCGUUGAUGGCACCUGCGUGGGGGCCGUCCUGCUGUGUGACGGAAUCUACUGCCCGGAUGGAGCCGACGAGGGACCCGGGCACUGCCCCUUCCCUUCGCUGCCCACUCCCCCAGCGGGCACUGUGCCUGGCCCUUCCGCGGGUUUUGGGGGGACUGCACCAACUCCCCCGGCCAGCGCCAGCUCCGCGCCGCCCUGCGGCCCGCUCGAAUUCCCGUGCGGCAGCGGCGAGUGCGCGCCCCGGGGCUGGCGCGGCGACCGCGAGGAGGACUGCGCCGACGGCAGCGACGAGCACGGCUGCGCCCCGCCCUGCGCCCCGCACCUCGCGCCUUGCGCCCGCGGCCCGCACUGCGUGUCCCCCGCGCAGCUGUGCGACGGCGUGCCGCACUGCCCCGACGGCUCGGACGACGGCCCCAACGCCUGCGAGGGAAUGACAGCCCCAGGAGCCCCCCGCGGAACCAGGGCUCCCUGCCGGGAAUACUCCUGCCCUGAUGGCCUCUGCAUCAGUUUCCAGCUGGUUUGUGAUGGGCAGCCUGACUGUGAUUUGGCCGGGGAGCUAGGGCCUUCCCCAGAAGAGCAGGGCUGUGGGGCCUGGGGCACCUGGAACUCAUGGGGGCCAUGCAGCCAGACGUGUGGUCCUGGGGUGCAGGGCCGGAGCCGCCACUGCUCCCCGCCCCCGGGUCUCCCGGUGCUGCAGCACUGCCCAGGCCCUGAGCACCAGACUCAGGCCUGCUUCACGGCCACUUGCCCAGUGGAUGGCAAAUGGACCUCCUGGUCUCCCUGGUCCCCGUGCACUGAGCCAUGCAUGGGCACCAUGACCUGUCAGCGACAGUGCCACCCUCCCGAGAAUGGGGGCCGGACCUGUGCCAUGCUGCCCGGGGGCCCUCCCACCACCUUCCAGACCAGGCCCUGCCCUCAGGAUGGCUGCCCUAAUGCCACCUGCUCUGGGCAGUUGGUGUUCUGGCCCUGUGCCCCCUGCCCUCUGACUUGUGCUGAAAUCUCUGGUCAGGCUGUGUGCGUGGCUAGCCAGACCUGCAGCAGCCCAGGCUGCUGGUGCCCUGCAGGCCAGGUGCUGGGCAGCGAGGGGCGGUGCGUGUGGCCCCGGCAGUGCCCCUGCCUGCUGGAUAACAAGCGGUACUGGCCUGGGCAGCGCGUCGAGGCCGACUGCCAGCUCUGCACCUGCCAAGACGGGCCUCAGCGCUGUCGGCCCGACCCUGGCUGUGCCGUGAACUGUGGCUGGUCCUCCUGGUCCCCCUGGGCUGAGUGCUUGGGCCCCUGUGGGAGCCAGAACAUUCAGUGGUCCUUCCGGAGCCCCAACAACCCCCACCUCUCCGGCCAAGGUCGCCAGUGCCGAGGCAUCCACCGCAAGGCCCGCAGGUGCCGGACAGAGGCCUGUGCGGGCUGUGAGCGGCAGGGCCGGCUCCGCGGCGUGGGGGAGCGCUGGCGAGAGGGCCCCUGCACACUCUGCCAGUGUCUGCCCAGCGGCACUGUGCGCUGCUCCCCGUACUGCCCACUGGGCAGUUGCCCCCAGGACUGGGUCCUGGUGGAGGCAAUGGGAGGUUCAUGUUGCCGCUGCACCCCGCCUGGAGAGAACCAGGCAGUCCACCCCCUGGCCACUCCUGCCCCCUCUCCAGCCUUCAGUGCCCAGAUCGGACCCCCUCUGGUCACCUACGUUCUGCCUCCACCUGGAGACCCCUGCUAUUCCCCGCUGGGCCUGGCCCGCCUCCCCGAGGGAAGCCUGAAGCUGGAGCCCCCCACCCAGGCUGCCCUCCUGGGGGCUGCCACCAAGGGGCCUGGCUAUCCGGGUUGGAGCACUCAGCGGCACACCCGGCCCCCCUACCUGCUGUUGGACCUGCUGCUGCCCCGGAACCUCACUGGCAUCAUGGUGCAGGGGCCUGGGUCCUCGGCCUUGCUCCAGUUCAGCAGCGAUGGUCUACACUGGCACAGCUAUACUGACUUCCUGCCUGGUAUCCUGCCCCCAGCCGAGCUUUUCCCUAGGAACCGGGAUGACGGGGCCCCCACACUGCAGACGUUUGGCCAGAUGGUGCAGGCACAGCAUGUCCGGGUGUGGCCCCAGGUCCGCCAUGGUGACACCAACCACAGCAUCUCCCUGCAGGUGGAGCUGCUGGGCUGUGAGCCAGUGCCCCCGUGCCCAGGGGGCAGGCACCGCUGUGCCGGUGGCGAGUGUGCUCUGCGGGGGGAGCCGUGCGACGGGGUGAAAGACUGUGAGGACGGCUCAGACGAGGAGGGCGGCGUGCCCCUGCGCGCGGCCACUGACAGGAAUGGGGUGCCCUGCUGCCCAGCUUCGCCUUGGAGGGCCCGGCCUGCGGCACUGCCCUUGGGGCCCAGGCUGAGCCCUCUCCCUCCAUAGGCUCUGGCAGAGGCCGAAUGCUGGCAUCCCUCGCGAGGGUCACCCAUACCCCCCACAGGGAAGGGACCAGCGACUCAGGCCCUAGCCUCCGAGCCUCCUCACUUGAGUCCUGGGGAAUCUGUGCAGACCGUGACCACCACCCCCAUAUCCCAGGUGACCCCAGUGGCCCCUGCUGCUCAUGACUUCUCCCAUGGUCCCAAGAGAGGCAGGAAGUGGGGGCACACCAGUCAGGAGGAGGGAGGUUGGGGGCCGAGGGAGGGAGGACACCGUGGGCAGGUGUCCCGUCAGCUGGCUGUGGUGGUACCCACAGUCCAGAGCGUCGCCCCGGAGCCCUUCCCCCCUGCAAGGUGCAGCCCAGGCCAGGUGCCCUGUGAGGUGCUGGGCUGUGUGGAGCAGGGGCAGCUGUGUGAUGGGAGGGAGGACUGUCUGGACGGCUCCGACGAGAGGCACUGGGCGAGCCCUGUGCCCUUCACGGUGCCCACCACGGCCCUGCCCGGGCUGCCUGCCUCACGAGCCCUCUGCUCCCCGAGCCAGCUGAGCUGCGGUAGUGGGGAGUGCCUGCCGGCUGGGCGGCGCUGUGACCCGCGGCCCGACUGCCAGGACGGCUCUGAUGAGCACAGCUGUGCGGACUGUGGGCUGACGCCCUGGUCUGGCUGGAGCCUCUGCAGCCGCACCUGUGGGCCGGGCCUCGCCUUCCAGCACCGGGACCUGCUGUGGCCUCCCCUGCCUGGGGGCAACUGCCCAUCUGACAGGCUCCGCAGCCAGCCCUGCUUCGUGCAGGCCUGGCCAGCGGCUGGGGCGUGGGCUGUGUGGGGGGCCUGGGGGCCCUGCAGCGUCUCCUGUGACAGUGGCCAUCGGAGUCGCCACAGGAGCUGUGUGGACCCCCCGCCCAAGAAUGGUGGUGCUCCCUGCCCCGGGGCCUCCCAUGAGGGGGCACCGUGUGCCCUGCAGCCCUGCACAGGGGGCACAGACUGUGGGCCGGGCCGUGUGCAUAUUAGUGCUGAGCUGUGCCGGAAGGGGCUGGUGCCCCCGUGUCCGCCCUCCUGCUUGGAUCCUGAGGCCAACAGAAGCUGCAGCGGGCACUGUCUGGAGGGAUGCCGCUGCCCCCCUGGGCUCCUCCUCCAUGAUGCUCACUGCCUGCCCCUCUCUGAGUGCCCUUGCCUCGUGGGUGAAGAGCUGAAGCAGCCGGGGGUGCCCUUCCUCCUGGACAACUGCAGCCGCUGCAUGUGUGAGAAGGGGGCCCUGCUGUGCGAACCAGGGGGCUGCCCCGUGCCCUGUGGCUGGUCAGCCUGGUCCUCCUGGGGUCCCUGUGACCGCUCCUGUGGCUCUGGAGUGAGGGCCAGGUUCAGAUCCCCUUCCAGCCCUCCGGCUGCUUCUGGGGGCGCCCCGUGUGAAGGCGACAGUCAGGAGCUGCAGGCCUGCCACGUGGAGUGCGGGACAGAGGCGCCAGGCUGGACCCCCCGGGCGCCCUGGUCCUCCUGCUCCCAGAGCUGCCUUACCGUCGGAGGAGGCCCUGGUCGGCGCCGUCGUUCCCGGCUCUGCCCCGGCCCCGGGGACACCUCCUGCCCAGGAGAGCCCACCCAGGAGGAGCCCUGCAGCCCCCCUGUGUGCCCAGUGCCGAGUGCCCGGGGUCUGUGGGCUCCCUGGUCGGCCUGCUCGGCCCCCCCCUGUGAUGGAGGCAUCCAGAUACGCGGGCGCAGCUGCUCUGGCGUUACUCCCGGGGACCCCGAGUGCCAGGGGCCUCACAGCCAGACCAGGGAUUGCAACACGCAGCCCUGCACAGCCCAGUGCCCCGGGGACAUGGUGUUCCGCUCAGCAGAGCAGUGCCAGCAGGACGGGGGCCCCUGCCCUCAGCUGUGCCUGGCUCAGGACCCUGGGGUAGAGUGCACCAGCUUCUGCGCCCCUGGCUGUGCCUGCCCCGCCGGCCUCUUCCUGCACCAUGCCAGCUGCUGGCCCCGCACUCGGUGCCCCUGCCAGUUGCAGGGGCAGCUCUACGCCCCGGGAGCACGGGCUCGGCUGGACUCCUGCAACAACUGUACCUGUGUCUCCGGUGAGAUGGUGUGCACCUCGGAGCCCUGCCCGGUGGCCUGUGGCUGGAGCCCCUGGACCCCAUGGAGUCUCUGCAGCCGCAGCUGUGACAUGGGCAUUCGGCGGCGCUUCCGGGCAGGCACUGCGCCCCCAGCUGCCUUCGGGGGUGCUGCGUGCCCGGGCCCCAGCAUGGAGGCCGAAUUCUGCAGCCUGCAUCCCUGUCGGGGUGCUGGUGGGAAGUGGGGCCCCUGGUCCCCGUGCUCCGUGCCCUGCGGCGGUGGCUAGCGGAACCGCACCCGAGGCGGUGGCCUCAACAGCCCUAUGGAGUUCUCGGCCUGCGGGUGGCAGCCCUGUGCAGGGCCCGUGCCUGGCGUACGUCCCAAGGGCAAGUGGUGGCUGGACUGCGCCCAGGGCCCUGCCUCCUGUACGGAGCUCAGUGCCCCACAAGGGACAGACCAGACCUGCCACCCCGGCUGUUACUGCCCAUCUGGGACGUGCCUGCUGAACAACGUGUGUGUACCCUCCCAGGACUGCCCCUGUGCUCAUGGGGGGCGCCUUUAUCCCCCGGGCAGUGUGGUGCUUCGUCUCUGUGAGAACUGCUCCUGUGUUUCUGGGCUUAUCACCCACUGCACCUCCUGGCCCUGUGAGGAGGGCCAGCCCACGUGGUCACCCUGGACCCGAUGGAGCGAGUGCUCAGCCUCCUGUGGACCUGCCCGACGCCACCGGCGCUGCUUCUGCUCUGGGCCCCCCGCCACGGACCCGUCUGUCCUGGCGCUGCCAUCCUCACCAACCUUGCCUACUCCUCUUUGCCCAGGCUCCGACGCUGAGGAGGAGCCCUGCCUCCUGCCAGGGUGUGACCGAGCUGGGGGCUGGGGGCCCUGGUCAAGCUGUAGCCGGAGCUGUGGGGGAGGCCUGUGGAGCCGGAUGCGAGCCUGUGACCAGCCCCCACCCCAGGGCCUGGGGGAUUACUGCGAGGGGCCUCGGGCCCAGGGAGAGGCCUGCCAGGCUCUGCCAUGCCCAGUGACCGACUGCACCGCCAUUCAGGGGGCAAAGUACAGCCCCUGUGGCCCUGCCUGUCCUCGCUCCUGUGACGACCUCGUGCACUGCAUGUGGCGCUGCCAGCCCGGCUGCUACUGCCCUCCUGGCCAGGUGCUGAGCGCCGACAGGGUCUUCUGCGUGCCGCCCGGCCACUGUGACUGCCUGGACCUGCUGAGCGGGGAGCGGCACCGGCCAGGGGCUCGGCUGCCCGGGCCCGACAGCUGCAACUGCUGCACCUGCUCGGAGGGGAGGCUGAACUGCACAGACCUGCCUUGCCCAGUGCCGGGUGGCUGGUGUCUGUGGUCGGAGUGGACAGCGUGCUCCCAGCCUUGCAGGGGUCAGACGAGGACCCGCUCCAGGGCCUGUACCUGCCCCGCUCCUCAGCACGGGGCGACCCCGUGCCCCGGUAAAGCAGGGGAGGCAGGGGCCCGGCAUCAGAAGGAGACCUGCCCCAGCCCCCCCGGCUGCCCAGUGGAUGGAGCCUGGAGCCCGUGGGGACUGUGGUCUCCCUGUGACCCGUGCCUGGGGCAGUCCCAUCGGAGCCGGGAGUGUAUCUGGCCCCCCACCCCUGAAGGAGGCAGGCCCUGCCCUGGGGCCUACAGGCAGAGUCACCCCUGCCAAGACAAUUCCACACAAUGCACAGCCUGUGGGGAUGGCCAGGGUCUUCUCCCCUGCGGGUGGCCCUGUCCCCGCUCCUGCUAGGACCUGUCUCCUGGACUGUGCCAGCCAGGCCCAACGGGCUGCCAGCCUGGCUGUGGGUGCCCCCCCGGCUCGCUGUCCCAGGAUGGUCUUUGUGUGCCUCCCGCCCGCUGCUGCUGCCGCUGCCACUACCAGCCUGGGGCCAUGGGGAUUCCUGAGAACCAGAGCCGGUCAGCAGGGCCUGGGCUUAGCUCCUGGGAGAGCCUGGAACCUGGAGAGGUGGUGACUGGGCCCUGUGACAACUGCACCUGUAUGGAGGGCAUCCUGAAGUGCCGAGAGGUGCCUGGCUGCCCCGGCCCUGGGAUGUGGGGUUCCUGGGGUCCCUGGGAGGACUGCAGUGUCUCAUGCGGAGGAGGGGAGCAGCUCCGCUCCCGGAGAUGUGCCUGGCCCCCCUGCCCUGGGCCUGCCCGCCAGAGCCGCACCUGCCACACCCAGGUCUGCAGAGAGGCAGGCUGCCCGGCUGGACGUCUGUACCAGGAGUGCCCCCCCGGCGAGGGGUGCCCCUUCUCCUGCUCCCACGUCACUCGGCAGGUGGGCUGCUUCUCCGCUGGCUGCGGGGAGGGCUGCCACUGCCCCGUGGGCACCUUCCAGCACCGCUUGUCCUGUGUCCAGGAGUGCCCCUGUGUGCUCACCGCCUCGCUGCUGUGGGAGCUGGGAGCUGCCGGCGCUGACCCUGGGGCUCGACCCCCCAUUCUGGGAGAGGGCAGUCAGCCCCUUGGGCCUGGGGAUGAGUUGGGCUCAGGCCAGAGCCUUCGUACAGGCUGCAGGAACUGCUCCUGUGUGCAUGGGCAGCUGUCUUGCUCGGUGGGGGACUGCUCCAAGGCUGUUGAUGGCUUCAGUCCCUGGGGGCCAUGGGGCCCAUGCUCCCGCUCUUGUGGUGGGCUGGGCACCCGAACCCGCACCCGCCAGCGUGUGCGGCCCUCCCCAGCUCCAGGCAGCCAGGGCUGCGGUGGGCCCCGCCAGGACCUCAAGUACUGCUCUAGCCCAGACUGCCCAGGGGCUGGAGGGUCCACAGUGGAGCCCGUGACAAGCCUUCCAGGCAGCUGGGGCCCAUGGUCCCCAUGCUCUCACACCUGCACAGACCCCACUCACCCUGCUUGGCGCAGCCGUGCUUGCCUAUGCCUGGCAAACUGCACCGGGCGGGGGGGGGGGGACACGUCACAGGAGCGCCCUUGCAACCUGCCCUCCUGCACAGGGCUGCCCCUGUGCCCCAGCCCUGGCUGUGUGGCUGGGAACUGUUCCUGGACCGCCUGGGCCCCAUGGGAACCUUGCUCCCGAAGCUGCGGGGUGGGCCAGCAGCGCCGUCUGCGGGCCUACCGUCCCCCAGGGCCCAGUGGGCACUGGUGCCCCGACAUCCUUACCGCUUACCAGGAGAACCGCUUCUGCAACCUGCAGGCUUGCCCAGUGCAUGGAGGCUGGUCACGCUGGAGUCCCUGGUCCUGGUGUGACCGGAGCUGUGGGGGGGGGGGGCAAUCCCUGAGGAGUCGCAGCUGCUCAAGCCCCCCACCCAAGAACAGGGGUGCCCCCUGUGUUGGGGAGAGGCACCACGCUCGGCUCUGCAAUCCCUUGCCCUGUGAGGAGGGCUGCCCGGCAGGCAUGCAGAUGGUCAGCUGUGCCAACCGUUGCCCCCGCCGCUGCUCAGACCUCCAGAAGGGGAUCGCGUGUCAGGACGGCCAGGCCUGCCAGCCGGGUUGCCGCUGCUCCGAGGGCUUCCUGGAGCAGGACGGUGGCUGCGUGCCGACUGGGCACUGCGAGUGUUCAGAGUCCCAGGGCCCCAGCUGGGCCCCGGGCAGCCAGCACCAGGAGGUCUGCAGCACCUGCACCUGCCAAGCUGGGCGCCUCUCCUACACGGCUCAGCCCUGCCCACCGCCUGCCCACUGCGCCUGGAGCCGCUGGUCAGCCUGGAGUCCCUGCAGCAGCUCGUGUGGGCCCGAGGGGCAGCAGAGCCGCUUCCGGUCCUCCACAUCGGGCUCGUGGGCCCCAGAGUGUCGGGAGGAGCAGUCCCAGAGCCAGCCCUGCCCUCAGCCCCCGUGCCCACCCCUGUGCCUGCAUGGUGCCCGCCUCCACACCCUGGGGGACAGUUGGCUGCAGGGCGAGUGUCAGCAGUGCUCCUGCACCCCGGAAGACAGCGAGUGCACAGUACCCGGGGCCUGGACGCUCUGGUCCCCCUGGUCUGAAUGCCCUGUCUCCUGUGGAGGUGGAAGCCGGGUUCACACCCGGGUCUGCAUGGCCUCGGCCGCUGCCCGCAGGGGGGCCCCCUGCCUGGGCCCUGGCACCCGGACCCAGCGCUGUGGAGGGCAGUCUUGCCUGGGGCUGCUGGAGGUCUGCUCCUGGGGCCCGUGGGGGCCCUGUUCCCGCAGCUGUGGCCCAGGCCUGGCCUCCCACUCUGGGUCCUGCCCGUGCCCACGGGCUGAAGUCGACCCCGCCUGCAACGGCACCUUCCUCCACCUGGGCACCCAGGCCUGCUACCCAGGGCCCUGCCUAGAGGAGUGCCUGUGGAGCAGCUGGAGCGGCUGGACGCGAUGCUCAUGCCAGGUGCUGGUCCAGCAGCGCUACCGGCACCAGGGACCAGCGCCCACAGCGGGAGCGGCACGGGAGGGCUCUCCCUGCACGCGCCUGGACGGCCACUUCCGGCCCUGCCCCAUCGGCAACUGCUCGGGGUGAGAGGACAGCUGCACACCUCCCUUUGAGUUCCGGGCCUGUGCCCCACCCCGUGCCGGGCUCUGCACCACACACCUGAGCCAUCGGCUCUGCCGGGACCUGCCGCCCUGCCAGCCGGGCUGCUACUGUCCAGAGGGGCUGCUGGAGCAGGCCGGGGGCUGCAUUCCCCCAGAGCAGUGAAGCUGCCUGCACCUCACAGGAGAAGGAGCCACGGUGACCCUGGCCCCCGGGGAACGCCUGCACCUGGGCUGCAAAGAGUGUGAAUGCCAGCACGGAGAACUGCAUUGCACCAGCCAGGGCUGUCAAGGUCUUCUUCCUCUGAGUGGGUGGUCCGAGCGGUCACCCUGUGGGCCCUGCCUGCCCCGUGGCGUGCUGGCCCCUGCCUCCAGGACUGUGCUAGAGGAGCGCUGGUCUCAGCACCCAGCUGGCUGCUCCCCGACCUUGGCCCCCUGGCUGGCUUCGGGGCAGCACCGCCAUCGCCUCUGUUUGGACCCUGAGACGGGGAGGCCGUGGGCUGGAGACCCAGACCUCUGCACCGCACCACUCAGCCAGCAGCGCCUCUGCCCGGACCCGAGGGCCUGCCGUGACUUAGGCCAGUGGAGUCCUUGGGGGCCCUGGAGCCCCUGCCAGGUGCCCUGCAGUGGGGGUUUCCGGCUACGCUGGAGAGAGGCAGCGGCACCCGCUGGAGGGGGCUGCUGGGGGCCAUGGGCUCAGACUGAGAGCUGCAAUGUGGGGCCCUGCCCAGGGGAGAGCUGCGAAGCCCGGGACACCGUGCCCACCCUUGACUGUGCCAACCGAUGCCCCAGAAGCUGUGCCAACCUCUGGGACCACGUGCGGUGUCUGCAAGGGCCGUGCCGCCCAGGCUGCCGCUGCCCGCCUGGCCAACUAAUACAGGAUGGGCCCUGCGUGCCCAUCUCCUCCUGCCGCUGUGGCCUCCCCAGCCCCAGUGCCUCAUGGGCGGUGGCCCCAGCUGAGGUGGCACAGGUGCACUGCCAAAACUGCACCUGUAUCAACGGGUCCCUGAUGUGCCCACACCACGAGUGCCCUGUCCUUGGGCCUUGGUCAGCCUGGAGCAGCUGCUCUGCUCCCUGUGGUGGGGGCACUACGGAGCGUCAUUGGAGCUGUGAGGAGGGUCCUGCGGGGGUACCAUGCCAGGGCCAGGACACAGAGCAGCGGCAGGAAUGUAACCUGACGCCCUGCCCUGAGUGCCUACCUGGCCAGGUGCUCAGAGCCUGUGCCACCGCGUGCUCACGCCUCUGCUCGCAUCUGCAGCCUGGUGCCCCCUGUGUGCAGGAACCCUGUCAGCUUGGCUGCGGCUGCCCUGGAGAGCAGCUGCUGCACAGUGGCACGUGUGUGCCCCCCGCUGCAUGCCCCUGCACCCCAACCUCUCUGCCGUGGGGCCUUACCUUGCCCCUUGAAGAGGAGGCCCGGGAGCUUCCCCCAGGGACUGUGCUCAUCUGGAACUGUACCCGCUGUAUCUGCCGAGAUGGAGCCUUCAACUGCUCCCUAGCCGACUGUCACGAGUGCCCCUACGGGGAAAUGUGGCAGCAGGUGCCCCCUGGGGAGCUGGGGCUGUGCGAGAGGACGUGCCAGGAGCCCAACGCCACGGAGAUUCAGGGCAGCUGCAGUGCGGGGCAGGCCCCGGGCUGUGUGUGCCGGCACGGGCACUUGCGCAGCCAGGCGGGCCUCUGCGCGCCCGUGGACCACUGCGAGUGCUGGCGCCACGGGCAUCCCCACCCGGAUGUCCCGCAUUCUCCCCAGCCCCGAUCCUGUGACAGCUGCCGCUGCCUCCGUGGAAGGAGUGUCUGCACCCAGCGCUGCCCACCCCCCCCCACCUGUGCCCAGGGCGAGGUGACCGUGCAGGAGCCAGGGAGCUGCUGUCCCACUUGCCGCCAAGAGACUCUGGAGGAGCAGUCAGCCUCCUGCCGGCAUUCACUCACCGAGCUGCGCAACCUCACCAAGGGCCCCUGCUACCUGGACCAGGUAGAAGUGAGCUACUGCGGAGGGCACUGUCCAUCCAGCACCAGUGUCAUGCCUGAGGAACCGUACCUGCAGAGCCAGGGCGGCUGCUGCAGCUACAGCCUGGACCCCGAGAGCCCCGUGCGGAUCCUGACCCUGCGCUGUCCCGGCGGCCGCGCGGAGCGGGUGGUGCUGCCCGCCAUCCGCAGCUGCCAGUGCAGCGCCUGCCAGGGAGGUGACUUCUCAAAGCACUGACGGCUCUGCUGCACGAGGCUGCCUCCACCCCUCAUGUCAUCACCGGGCUCGGAGGCACUGACUCCCUCCUCCCGUGCCGACCCGCCCACUCCA